AUGGAUGUGAAAGUUUUACAGCGUUAUUCUGGAGAUUUUAUAGCUGCAGGAGACCGGCCCAGAGUAACUAGAAGUACAAAUCCGCGAUUACAUCCACUGGCCAGGGGUAGAGAAUAUGUUCGAGCCCUUACAGCUACGAAGAUUCAAAAGAUCUUUGCCAAACCUUUCAUUUCAGUUAUGGAAGGCCACACUGAUUCGGUCACUUGUAUGGCCAUAAAUCGCAAGUCCUUAAUAGGCCUUUUCACUGGCUCUGCCAAUGGAGAGCUAAGGGUCUGGAAUACCAUGAAGAACAUUUCAAUGGCAACUUACAAAGCUCAUAAAGGAUUUGUAAAAGGGGUUACUGGUGAUAAUUCUGGCAAAUUUGUAUUUACAUGUGGUAUAGAUGGUACGAUUAAGCAGUGGGAUUAUCAUAAUUUUAGCACAACUGAAACAAAUAGCCCAUUGAAUGCUUAUUCUAUAUCUUCUCCACUUAACGGCAUUGAUUACAAUUGGUUUGAUGAAAAUUUUGCUACUGCUGGUGAUAUGUUGGAUAUUUGGGACAUUUCUAGGAGCGACCCAAUUACAUCGUAUGACUUUUCCUCUGGCGAGACUCUAUACAGUGUCAAAUACAACCCUUCACAGGAAUGCAUGUUAGUAUCAACAGCUUCAGAUAACUCAAUUUGUUUGUUUGAUACACGAGCCAAUUCUCAAAUUAAGAAGGUGAUUUUAAGGAUGCGGUCAAAUAGCGUAUGUUGGAAUCCACAAAAACCCUAUAAUUUUACAGUAGCAAAUGAAGAUUCCAAUUUAUAUACUUUUGACAUAAGAAAAUUUGAAUCUGCGCUGGUUGUUCACAAGGCUUUCACCAAUGCAGUGAUGGAUGUGGAUUUUUCCCCCACUGGAAACGAAUUUGUGGCAAGCUCAUUUGACAAAUCUAUACGUAUAUUUGGUGCAAUGGAUUCUAACAGCAGAGAUGUAUAUACGACCAAGAGGAUGCAGAAUGUUUUAUGUUGUAGAUACUCUUUGGACUCUAAAUUUGUAUUUUCCGGCAGUUCAGAUAUGUGUAUAAGGGUUUGGAAGUCGAAGUCUUAUGACAAGCGCGGCCCUCUUAGCACCAGAGAAAAAAAAUCUAUUGAUUAUCGCAGUCAAAUCAUUGAGCGAUUCAAGCAUACAGACGAGAUUAGAAGGAUAAGGAAGCACCAUCACGUACCAAAGCUGAUUAUUAAAGCCAAUCAAAUAAAGGCUGUGAAGAGACAAUCAAAGAGGAGGAAGAAGAUCAACGUUAUGUUACACAGCAAGAAUAUCGAUACAAUAGUGCCUGAGAAGAAGGCAGCCAUUUUGAAUGUUCAGUAA